ACCAGAUAUAAUUUACAUGUUGCCAUUUCAUAUAAAAUUUCUAUAUUGUCACAAUUAAUACAAUUAAUAUUUUUUAUUACUGCACCAAGCCCGGAAAGAUAGGCUGGAGUCGGAUUGCGGCUUCUGUGGUUUGCUCCCGGGGCCUGGACUUUUGGAACGUCUCUCUGGACAGACUGCAGAACGAGGCAGCUCCUGAUCAGGCCAGCUUCCGGGCAGCUGGACGGUGCGGCCGGGAGAGCUGGAGUCAGGAGGACCCCAGUUCAACUUCGGCCUCCGACACGUGUUGUUGUGGGACUUAAUUGCCUCGCCGAAUUGGACGUGACUACGUAAUGACAUCAGAGAUGCUCUGGAUUUGGAGGAACCGGUUCUAGGUUCUCACAUUCUGGCUGUCUGUAAAUGGCCUUCCAGUCCUACUUGUGAUGAUAGCAUUCCUCCUCUGAUACUGGCUGGCCUAGGUUCAUUCGUGAGGUCCCACGUGCCAAUGAUUUUCUGAGCUCCUUCUUGCCCCCACCUCCCUCCACUGCUCCAGAUUCUUUUAUAUUUGCCCUAAUCUAAAAUGGCCACCGUCCCGGCUUCAGAGCAGUGAGCCAGAAUGAACAAAGCAAGAGAGGCUCGUGCCCAAAACCAAGAUGGCUUCCCAUGCCCCCUUCUUCCGCCUCAACCCGACGGAGACAUGGGGGGUUUUCUAGUAUCCUCGCCGCUCAUCUCUAUGCCCAAUUCCGUGCCCUUCUAGCCGCCGCUCUCUCAUUAGGCCUCCGGGCGGCGGGGGCCCAAUCGCAAGAGGUGUUUUCAGGAUUGGCCCCGCCCCUCAUCGGAUCAGCUGAUGGGUUUGGCGAUGCCUGUUGACAGCGGAGGUGGGCAGAGCCCAGGGCAGCCGAAGUACAGGCACGGCAGCCCAGGCCCGAGCAGGAGCACAGCCUCGGGGGCCUCGGGCUCGAGCCAGAGGCGCAGGCGCGGUGCCCAGCGCAGGCGCAGACACAGUUGCCGACCCCGACGCAGCCUCGCUGGACCGAGGCCGGGCUCGGCCCGGGGCGAGCUUGUGAGCCGCAGCGAGACGGAAGAAGGAAGAGCCCCGAGGCUGGAGGAGCAGAGGCCGAGCCGGGCCCGGUCCCGGAGCUGAGGGAGGGAGCCGGGGUGGACCCCGGGCAGGCAGCUAGGGGGCGCCUCCCUCUUCGGGGCCGGGCGGGGCCGAUGUGAGUCCUGAUGGAGCAGCCCUGGGGGAGGCUGAUACGCCUGGGUGCCGCCGAGGGCGAGCCCCCCGUGCUGCUGCGGAGGAAGGAGUGCACCAUCGGGCGCAGGAAAGGUUGUGACCUUUCGUUCCCUGGCAACAAAUUGGUGUCUGGAGAUCAUUGUAAAAUAGUGGUGGAUGAAGAAUCUGGUCAGGUCUCUCUAGAGGAUACCAGCACUAAUGGAACAGUAAUUAAUAAAGUGAGGAUAGUGAAGAAGCAGUCAUAUGCUUUACAGACUGGGGAUGUCAUCUACGUGGUUUACAGGAAGAACGAGCCAGAGCAAAAUGUUGCAUAUCUCUAUGAAUCUUUGAAAUCAAAGCCAGGCAUAUCCCCAGAACUCAUUGAGGCUACUGGAGGAAAUGUGUGCAACGUGACCAAAGAUACCUCAGGUUCAGAAGGAAGCGAUGAUACCCAGGUCAUGCCAUCCUUGCCUAAUGAUCAGUCUUGCUUUGAGGAACCACAGCCAUCUACAUCCACAUCAGACCUCUUUAAUACGUCCUCUACCUCUCUCCUGGAGUCUGCUACUGCUGAGCGGGAGCAUCCCUCUAGACCUGGCGGAUCCAGGUGUGUAAGCACAUCAUCACCUGAAGAUCAGUAUCAAUUUGCCACAUGUGAUGAUACUUCCAGCUUCUUAUCAGCUCCUCUGGACAAAGAGGGAACCUCAGCUUUCCUAUCCAAAUCUCAGGACUGGGAAGACUUGGGGCCUGCUAAAAAGAAAAUUAAAGGAGAUGGGCACACGAAUCUGAGUCUGCAGUUGUCUGUUGCAGACCAGCGUAAAAACAGCAGGGCCUUUCCUGAAGAAGUGAAAGCAGAAAAUAUGAAACCAGACAAAAUGGAAGAAACUCUCACUUGCAUUAUUUGUCAGGAGUUACUGCACGACUGUGUGAGUCUGCAGCCCUGCAUGCACACCUUCUGUGCCGCUUGCUAUUCAGGUUGGAUGGAGCGAUCCUCCCUCUGUCCCACAUGCCGGUGUCCGGUCGAACGUAUAUGCAAAAACCACAUCCUGAACAACCUGGUUGAGGCCUACCUUAUCCAGCACCCAGAUAAGUGCCGUAAUGAAGAGGAUGUGCGCAAUAUGGAUGCCAGGAAUAAAAUCACACAGGACAUGCUGCAGCCAAAAGUCAGAAGGUCCUUCUCUGAUGAGGAGGGAAGUUCCGAGGACCUGUUGGAACUGUCUGACGUGGACAGCGAAUCUUCAGAUAUCAGCCAGCCAUAUGUGGUGUGCCGACAGUGCCCCGGUUAUCGCAGGCAGGCUGUGCCGCCUGCCCCCUGCCUGCUGCCUGAGAGAGAUGGAGGUGCCUUCGAGGCCCCUGCAGAUGCCCCCUCCACUUCUGCCAGCUUUCCUGCAGCCACCCAGGACUAUGUGUGUCCUUCACAAGGAAGUCACGCCAUAUGCACCUGCUGUUUCCAGCCCAUGCCAGACCGUCGAGCUGAGCGGGAGCAGAACCCGCACGUCGUUGCCCCCCAGCAGUGCGCCGUGUGCUCACAGCCCUUCUGCCACCUGUAUUGGGGCUGUACCCGGACAGGCUGCUCGGGCUGCCUGGCACCAUUCUGCGAGAUAAAUCUUGGUGAAAAAUGUUUAGAUGGUGUACUAAACAACAACAACUACGAAUCAGAUAUUCUAAAGGCUUACCUAACAUCCCGGAACUUGACAUGGAAAAAUGUGUUAAAUGAAAGUUUGCUGGCUCUUCAGAGGGGACUGUUUCUCUUGUCAGAUUACCGAAUUACUGGAAAUACUGUGCUUUGUUACUGCUGUGGCCUACGCAACUUUCGAGAGUUGACAUACCAGUACAGACAAAACAUCCCUGCUUCAGAAUUACCAGGGACUGUAACAUCUCGUCCUGAUUGCUACUGGGGGCGCAACUGCCGGACUCAGGUUAAAGCUCACCAUGCCAUGAAAUUCAAUCAUAUUUGUGAACAAACACGCUUCAAGAACUAAGCCUGGAAGUACUGAUAGUCUUGGAUAUUUAUAUGUAAAAACAAAAAAAAGUUUCAAGACCUCAAUUACAGAACAUAAAUGUUUUCAGGGCAUUUUAAAGUUCCCUCUUGGAGGGGAGUUGGCUAUCUCUGCAUCAGGUACUGGUGUGAUUUUUUUUUAUUUUGUAGAGCUUUAUACUUGAGUAAGACCUUUUUUAAGUAACCUGAAGAGCAUUUCAUGGUGCCCAUCAGGCACACCAUUGUGUCAGCAGCAACAGCGGACUGGAAGACACACUCAGGACAGGCAGGAAUGGCACCGAUGGUCAUGAGAUGUCCUGAAGCUGAAGUGUUUGUUGUGUAGGAUUGUCAAAGGAAAAAAUUCAGCACCAACCACUCCACUUCCCACCCCCAUCUCUACAGAUGAGAGCCUCAUUUUGUUUCUUCUACCUUCACCAAAAUGGUUGUUAGAUCAGGAAUUCCUUUUUACCAAGAAUUUUGUAUGGCAAAAAAAAAAAAAAAAAGACAAAAAUGUAUCAAAUACACUGUUUCCUUGUUGCUUAAGAAAAAGCAGCAAAUGUUUACAGCCCAUAGGGCAUGCCUAGUGCUUUGCUGUAGGAAAAACAGUUUGACUCAUGUACAUGUGUGCGCGUGGGUGUGUGUGUUUUAGGGUUAGUCAGUCUGGUGUUUUUCAUUUCUUAUUAGAAUGAAACCUCACAAGCAGCACAAAUAAUAUAAUGUAUCAUUUAUAAGCCAGUUAGGAGUUGGGAGACUGUCCUGUGUAUAGGAAAUGCUAUGUGUGUCUUGUAGAUCUUCACAAUCACAUGAAAGACCCAAACACUGUCACUGGCAUAGAUUCCCUCAUUAAUGGGCUGUGAUUGGCACAUGUCCCCUAGCAUUCCAGGGAGGGACCAUUUGGUAGCACAUAGCUGCACUAAUUAUGCCACAAGAGAUGGCCUUCCACAUUGUUUAGGUUUAUCUGAUAACCAAAAACAAGAAUCCUAACAUUUUCAGAAAUAUUUCUUUUAAUUGGGCAUCAGAGGUGGGUAUUUCCUCAGCUCUCUCUUUGGAACUGACUUGAACAAUUAGUUAUGUCAGGCAUUGGGCCCUAUCCUGGGGGCACAGACAAAAACUGUUAAUGUCUCCUGUUGUAUAGGUAGCCUCUGAACAUAGCUCCCUAGAGAGAGAGAGAGAGGUGAGAAGGUAAUCAAUUCCAGGAGUCCUCAGUCAUAGGAUUUAAUUUUGCCAGCUGGAUAGCUUGAAUUUGCUUGGACUCCCCAGGAAAUAAACCAAACCAAAUAAUCUUUAUAGUUCUGCAUUUUAAUUAUGCUUCAUGUUUAUAGCCAAAUUGAAACUUAAUGAAAAAAGACACAGGAGAUACUGCUCCCAGUCAGAUCUUAGAGAACGAGGGGAAAGGACAGGUUCUCAUUCUAGUCUGCUGCUUCUUACCAUCCUGGUUUGGGUAUUCCCUUGUUCCACUUUACGCACUGACUGUAGAGCGCAAUCCCAGAGACAGUGGUUUUGGUCUUCAUGCUGGACUGUGUCCAAGUCAUUAUCCCCCUUUUCAGAAAUCCCACACAGUGUCUUAUGUGUGAGUGUGCAGAUUGACAGCUUCCUCCAUAUCCCAGCAAACAGCAAUCUUAUAGCAGCCUUUGUUUCCUACUUGCCCUGGUAUCUUUUCCUGCAUUAGAAUUAAAAUUUUAUCUGGAAUAAUACUUGAA